AGAAGUGCUCACCCAUUCUCAAAUCAACCCUCUCUCUCUCUCUCUCUCUGUCUCCGCUUCAAACAUUUCAAUUUUCCCACCCUUAAUUACAACCUGUUAACUAUGGUCCGUGAAAGAAAGCUUGUGGACGAGGUAUCUGGUUGGCUAAGGCUCUAUGAUGAUGGUUCAGUCGACCGUACAUGGACUGGACCGCCUCAGGUCAAGUUCAUGUCUGAACCAGUCCCUGCCCAUGACAAUUUCAUUGAUGGAGUAGCCGUAAAAGACCUUACCAUUGAUUCAGAGUCAGGUCUUCGUGUUAGAAUUUAUCUUCCAGAGAAUAAAAACCAAAAGCAAAACUAUAAUAAGCUACCAAUAAUCAUCCAUUUCCAUGGUGGUGGCUUUUGCAUUAGCCAAGCUGAUUGGUAUAUGUAUUAUAACAUAUAUACUAGGCUUGCAAGGUCUGCUAAUGCCAUUUGCGUCUCUGUCUACCUCAGGCUAGCCCCUGAGCACCGUCUUCCGGCUGCUGUUGAUGAUGGGUUCUCCACUCUCCUUUGGCUACGUUCUUUGGCUAAAGGCGAAUCAUAUGAGCCUUGGGUCAAUGAUUAUGGCGAUUUUACUCGUGUUUUUCUUAUUGGAGAUAGUUCAGGAGCGAACUUAGUGCAUGAAGUAUCUUCACGUGCUGGUCGCGUGGAUCUUACUCCGGUAAUUCUUGCCGGCGGAAUUCCGAUUCAUCCGGGUUUUGUCCGGUCGGAGAGGAGUAAAUCCGAGCUGGAGCAACCGGAGUCCCCUUUCUUAACCUUAGAUAUGGUUGAUAAGUUUUUGGGUUUCGCUUUGCCAGUUGGAUGUACAAAAGAUCAUCCAAUUACGUGUCCAAUGGGGUCCGGAGCUCCACCGCUUGAGGGCCUGAAUUUGCCGCCGUUUCUGCUGUGUGUGGCGGAGAAAGACUUGAUAAGGGACACAGAGAUGGAGUACUAUGAGGAAAUGAAAAAGGCAAAUAAGGAUGUGGAGUUGCUAAUUAAUCCUGGAAUGGGUCACAGUUUUUACCUCAACAAGAUUGCCUUGGACAUGGAUCCACUUACCGCUGCAGAAACUAAUAACCUAAUUGAAGGAAUUAUAGAGUUCAUCGAGAAGCACUAAAAUGUCUUCACUGAUCUUCAAGGGAUUAUAGUUUGUGUAGUAAUUAGAGUCAUAAUGAUAUAAAGCAUGUGUUAAUGUGUAAAAAAGAAAUUAUAAAAAGAUCUUCCUGCUCUGAGUGUACUAAUUAUGUCCACCAGUUAGAUGGCUAAUAAAAUCUAAAACUUUAUUAAUUUUAUAA